AAUAACAAAACGGUAAUAUUGAGCAAGAUUAUGAGGAGGUAUCUCUCUGAUUGGAUUUAAUGUUUGAGUUUGUAGUAGAUAUUUAUAUCAGAUAAGUAGAUAAGUGCUUAAUAUGGACUGAUUUAUUUCUGAUUUAUUUAAGUAUUCUAUUAUGGAUUUUCCUAGUGUGUUGUUUUGUGUGGUGUUGCUGUGUGCAACGUGCGCGAGUGAUCAUGAGAGUAACGUGACCACCAAAUUAGUUUACACUGCGCAGGGUCCCGUGCGUGGUCACAGGGACCCUCUCACUGGUGUGAUCGCCUUCUACGACAUCCCAUAUGCAACGGCACCGACAGGACAUGAGAAAUUUAAAGCUCCUCUUCCACCGCCUACAUGGCAAGAACCUUUGGACGCCGUAAAUCGAGGGAUUGUUUGCCCACAAGUGCCAGUUGCAAUAGACAUGGGGGAGAUAAUUGAAGAAGAGGAUUGUCUAGUUGCUUCCGUUUUUGUUCCCAACACAGGCAAAACUAAUCUUCCAGUUCUUGUUGUGGUGCACGGAGGCGGAUUUCAAAUAGGCUUCGGCAACAUGUUGCUCCCAAGAUACCGAGUGAAAAGUCACGAUAUGAUCGUAGUUACGUUCAAUUAUCGUCUUGGAAUUCACGGUUUUCUUUGUUUAGGAACGAAAAAUGCACCUGGAAAUGCAGGGCUGCGAGAUCAGCUAGCACUACUCAAGUGGGUUCAGAAGAAUAUAGCUCGCUUUGGUGGAGACCCCAACAAUGUCACCAUUAACGGAGCAAGCGCGGGGUCCAUGUCUGUUGAUUUGUUGCAGCUGUUGCCAGCAUUUGACGGUUUAUUCCAUAAAGUUAUUCCUGAGAGUGGCAGCAGUCUUUCAGGAACUACUGUUAUGAUUGAUCCCAUGGAUACUGCUAAAACAUUUGCCAAAGAAUUAAAUUUUCAUAAUGUAGAUGAUGUCUAUGCUUUAGAAGAGUUUUACACUACUGCUUCAUUUAAAUUACUACAUUCUAAAUCGUUUAUGAAUAGAACGGACCAAAAUUUUGGCUUUACUCCUUGUUUAGAUCGAAACACAGGUUAUGAAAUAAUAGUACCAGAUUCACCAUUUAAUAUAAUGAAAAGCGGUAAAUUUAAAAAGCUUCCAAUUUUAAUUGGAUUUGCUAACAUGGAAGGUAUUUUGUAUAUGCCUGUGUUUGAAAGUUUUAAAGAUAUGAUGAAUAACAAUUUUUCGGACUUCAUGCCUUACGAUUUACACUUUCAUAAUGCAGAUCAAAAAGAUAAAGUUGCACAAAGUGUCAAAGAAUUUUAUUUCGGAACCAAGCCUGUUGGUGAGGACGCAAUAUAUAGAUUUAUAGAUUUCUUUUCUGACGUAACAUUCGUUUAUCCGACUGCAAGAUCAAUGAAACUGCAACUAUUAGCUGGUAACAAUAACAUAUAUCUUUACGAGUAUGCUUUUGCUGACGUCGGGGGAACGCCGAUGUUUUAUAAGAAUUAUACAGCCGUGGAUGGGGCCACUCAUUGUGCACAAACGUUUGCUCUUUUUGACGGAAAAUUUUUAAAUUCACCUGAAGAAGAUGAUCUAUCAUCAGAAUUUAAAGAAAUGAAGAGUCUCAUAAGGCAAUUAUGGUUCAACUUUAUUUCAACAGGUGAACCUGUCUCCGAUGGGUCUCCUCUGCCAAUUUGGCCGGCAAUGGGAGAAGAUUGGGCACCGCACAUGUUCCUGGGACGUAAUCCGGAGCUCCGCGGUUCUCUGUUGCUGCAGCGAAUGCGCUUUUGGGAGGAAAUCUACGAAAGUCACCAGCGUACGCCUGUUCCACCGCCGGCGCCACCUACACGUUAUGAUUCUGAACUCUAAUAAAUAAUUAUACGGGUACAAAUUACACAGAUUGAGUUAGCCUCGAAGUAAGUUCGAGACUUGUGUUACGAGAUACUAAACUCAACGAUAUUUUAUAAUAAAUACUUAUAUAAAUAAACAUCCAAGACCCAGGCCAAUCAGAAAAAGUUCUUUUCUCAUCAUGCUCUGGCCGGGAUUCGUACCCGGGACCUCCGGUGUCACAGACAGGCGUACUCCCGCUGCGCCACAGAGGCCGUCGUAAUACAUAGGUUAAUAGGUGUAUAGUAUUUAGUAAAAAUGGCAAAGCGGGAAGAGUGGUACGCGAUUAUCCCAGACGUACUUAACUAAUAUUAUAAAUGCGAAUAAAAUAAGAAUAAGAUAGAGAACAUUGAGACAGAGGGAAAGAUAGAAAGAGCGACAAGUUGUUAGAAAAGAGAAUUAAGAAAGAAAAAAAAACUACUAGACUUAUUUUGGUGAUUUGGCAUAAAGAAGUAACAUGGGUCUUUUUGUUAAAAUUCCCUCUUAAGCAAAGCCCCGCGCAAAAGCGAGUGUACAAUAAAGGGCCUAGUUACAAGUAAAUAAACUGAUUAUCGGAAGUCAAAGUUAAUUAGGAAGGUCGAACCCUCGACGUAAUUAAGUUAGGUUUAUUUCGACUUAACUAUAAUUCCACUGUCUUGUGCAAGUUUGUUUGUUAUUUGUUGAAAGAAAACGAUAAUCCAUAUAAUCACGUCUUUAUCCCUGAUGGGGUAGGCAGAGCCAAGAGUCUCGCAUAUAAUGGGAGGGUUACCUUCAGCUGAUGGAAUUGAGAUUCAAAUAGUGACAGAUUGCCAGCCAAUCGCCUAAAAGAGGAAUCCCAAAUUUAUUAGCCUCUCACUCUCUCGAUGUAACAUAGUAGAGAUCGGAUAUUCGGAUGCAUAUUUACCUAAAGUUGGGGUGUUGGGUUAGUAUGGAACGUACUUCUGUACCUCAAAAAUUCCGGGAUUCGGCAUUGAUACACUUAAUGUUCUAAUUAUGUAUUCGAACUGUAUUCCUACUGACUAAUAAAUCACGCGGUAUACCUAAUUCUGGAAUCCCGGUAGGUAGGUAAUUUUUUAAUAAAUACGAUCAUCCAUCACUUAUGUUUAUAAAGGUGUUUAUCAUACCUAAUAUACGAUAAGUUUCAAUUUCUUGUUUAAUAAAAUUUCCGGGAUUCAAAAUAAUUCGAAUCCCGAAAGCAAGAAGCCGCCUCCAUACUUUCUUAGUCAAAAUAUUAGUUUAGGUAAAUAUGCAUCCGAUUAUCCGAUCUCUAGUCUUGAGACUUGAAAUAGCGUGUAGGUUCUUUAUUUGGUCUAGGAGAGAUGCUCUUACGAAGCGAAACCUAUUCGACUUUCCUGUAUACAAUCACGAAUCUAUUCCGGGGGAAUAUACUGCUUUUCUUUAUCCAGAUUCAAAUUAAAAUUUUUAUUUGCAUAAUAUGAGUACAACAAUUAUUUAUAACUCUUGUCGUCUCGUCGGCUUAGGGUAGGUACUUGUUGUUCUGACAUUUUCUCAAAACGUCUGUUAAUUCACGGAGGUAUGUGGAAGUAUAAAUUAUUUUCGCAAACUUAAUUUGUCGUCUCAACUUUCAUAACAGCUAUCAGCUUACAUCAGGUAUUCAAAUGUUAAUUUAGGCUAUGAUCUAUUUUAUUUAAUAGUAGGCUGUGCAAGCUAGUGAGAAAUGCAGUUGGCGGUACUGCCAAAACUACCAGCUAAUUAUACAGACAGAGGCCUGUCUGUACAGGUCUGUCUGUAAUUAAGUUCGUCGUCUUCGCUGAGCUGUUGAAAAACAACUUCCUACUUUAUAGUAGGAAGUUUCAACAACAGUUCAACAGCUAUGUAUACUUACCUACGUCUGUGUUUUUUUAUUCUGCUUAAGUUGUUUUAACAUACAUACAUGUAGUCACGUCUAUAUCCUUUGCUGGGUAGACAUAGCCAACAGUCUCAAAAAGACUGAAAGGCCACUGUUUGUGCUAGAAAUAUUUGGGCAGGGUGCAUCAGGUCAAGUGGAGGACCAGUUGAAAAGUGCAUGUAGGUAAUCACUACCACCGUGCCAAAAGUGUAUGGGAAAUUGUGUAUAUAAUAAAAAGAAGUGAUAAUUUAUAUGUUAACAUACAUAAAGAAAUUAACCAACAUAUUAACAAAGUCUAAAAAACUGAUAGGUCUAGAAACUUGAUAUUUGGCAUGUAGGUUUCUAAUGUGGUCUUAUUAUUAUAUUAUUUAUUAUUAUUAUAUAAGUAUAAGCCUUUAUAAUUCAGUGCGUGGUGAAAUGUGCACCGGCGGGGAUAGCAAUAAUGACGGUUGUAGAUCAUGUUACAGAAGUGCAUGCGCUGCUAUAAUAUGCUUCAACCUGUCACUGAUAGAUAUGUGAGGACAUCUUUACAAAGCCUAAAAUCCCGAAAUUUCUAUCGGCAAUAGAGAAAUCAGGAUAUAUCCCAUGCUGGUUAAUUAUGAUUGGUUUAAUCUUUAAAACAAGUUGGCGCAAACAUACACGCAUGCGCAAUGACGUAAAAAUAAAGAACACAAAUCGUUUGCUGUUCUUAAAUACUAGGCGGUAAUCACAUAUCUCGACCUCUUUCUAAAUUGACUUCUAUUCGCGGGGAAAGAAAAGCAGGAGGCCACACAAUGCUUAGGCUAGCAUAGUGUGUUUAUAUAUAUAUAUAGCUUUUCUUAUUGUGGUAAUAGUAUACGCGAUGUAUAAUAUAUG